AUGGGCUGGUUCUCCUCGACCCCCGUCGCCGCGACCCCCGCGCCCGACAACCUCGCCACCUCGACGAAACCGCCUCCGACCGAGGGCGGCGGUGAGAAAGUCAAGCCGUGCUGUGUCUGCAAGGACGAGAAGGCGCAGCGCGACGAGUGCAUGCUGUUCUCGCGCUCCGACGAUCCGCAGGAGGACUGCAAGAGCAUGGUCGUCAAGUACAAAGACUGUAUGGCUGGGUAUGGGUUCAAGAUCUAG